AUGUUCUCUUCCAUCUUUCUUGCCACUGCGCUCGUUUCUUCUGGGUUCACGGGUGUGAAUGCGUGGUUCCGUGUUGCCUGCACGUCGCCUCUGGUGUCAGGUGAGUUGCUUUCUGGUGUUGCUGAGCAUGCCGUUGACCUGGCUUCGUCGACAGAGCGUGUAGACCCCAUCAUCAACCCAGGCGUUAUUCCUGCCAACCACGUUCAUACCGUUCACGGCGGCUCCAACUUUGCGGCCAACGCGACCUACGAUGACCUGCUAGCUUCGGACUGCACUUCUUGCAAGGUUCUCGAGGACAAGACUAACUACUGGUUCCCCAAGCUCUACUUCAAGGACCCCGCGGACGGCAAAUUCGAAGAAGUCGCGAACGGCGGCCUUCUUAUUUAUUACCAGAACAGGGGCGACGAGGACAAGAAGAACGGCGGUCCUGGUCUCAAGGCCUUCCCUCCGGGCUUCAAGAUGAUCUCGGGCAGGCCAAUGAGGCGGGGGACGAAGUACUCGCUCGAUGACCCUUCGCAGGAGGCGUUGAACGAGCGCGCACAGUUCUUCUCGUGCCUUCGCUAUGGUACUGCUGAGGGAUAUGAUGGGUACGGCUUCCCCACCACUGACUGCGAGUCGGGUCUCAACGCUCGCAUUCACUUCCCCGCGUGCUGGGACGGCAAGAACGUCGAGUCGGAGGACCAGUCCCACGUCGCGUUCCUCUCAGGUCUUGACAACGGCGCUUGCCCGGACACGCAUCCGGUCGGGCUGCUCAAGCUCCUCUACGAGGUUACCUGGGAUGUUCACGCAUUUGCGGGUCGCUGGAAGGAGGAAGACGGUUGGCCGUUUGUCUACGCCACGGGUGAUCCCACUGGACUUUCCUGGCACGGGGAUUUCCAGAACGGCUGGGACUCUGACGCUCUGCAGAGCGCCAUUGACGAAUGCGACAACCCCAACGACGAGACUGGCAACGGUUCGACGGAGGCCUGCAAGUGGCUCACCGUCCAGGACGCCUCCACGGCCGAUCAGUGCAAGAUCCAGCCUGUCGUUGACGAAGUCAUCGGAGGUUCGGGCGUCAAGCUAGACAAGCUUCCCGGGUGCAACCCGAUCCAGGAAGGUCCGGACGAUGCGACCAUGUACAUGGACGACAACUGCCCGGAGUAA